AUGACUACAAACCAUAGACCAACGUUAGAAAGUAAACGUGGGAAGAUAAUCUCGGUUACCGAUUCCAUUGUUCAUGCUCGUGAAAUAGGACAGAACCAAACGUUGAAACUUAGAAGUGAUGUCAACCCUAUAGUGGCCAAAAGAGCUUGGAAUGAGCUUAAAGAAGAACAAGCUCAAAAUAAGAAACUAAAGCAGGAGGAGCCAAUUUCAAAGGACGACAAGCUGCCAGUAAUUGCUAGUGGUAAAGUAAGGGCUAAAGGAGAACCUCAUGAAAAUGAAGAUGAAGUAGGUGAUAAAGAAGUUGAAGAAGAAGGCGGCGAUGAUGAUGAUGAUGAUGAUGAUGACGAUGACAAGGAAGAGGCUGAACUUUUUGCACAAUUACAACAAUUACGAAAUUCGAUGAAACCAUCAGAUCAGCAAGAUUUAGAACACCCUGACGGUUCUGGCUCUGACUCUGACUCGGGUUCUGACUCCGACGAAGAACAACAACUUUUGGCAGAACUAAAUGCAAUCAAACAAGAACGAAAGGCUAAAGAAACCAUUAAAGCCUCCAGUCUUUUAAUGGAGACAUCCACAACCCCUGGCCAAAACAAAAGUUGGCGUUCGUCAACUAGUUUUAGAAAGAAAGCAGCACAAACUUCUUCUCAAUUUACAAAUAAUACAAUAAACUCAAAGGCUCACAAAGACUUUUUAUCGAAAUAUGUUCGAUAA